AUUAACACACUGAACAUGUCAUUAAGCUAGGGCGUCUAAACGUUAAGGUGGCAACUCGAGCAAGAACAGUAAGACCCCGGUUGAUAAGCUCAAACCUUACCAGUACACGACAAUAUGGCGGCCGUCUUUUGGUGUCUGGUGGGAUUAUUGUUCGUAGGUUUUGUUGUGGCACAAGAUACAAAAGACGCUAUUGACACAAACAUCUGUAUCCUGGAAGAUGAUGAGCUGGAACAUGAAAACAGACACAAGGUUGUCAUGUCGGACUGCUCUAAGUUCAUCAUGUGUGACCAUCAACGCCCGGUGAUCAAGACAUGUCCGAACAACACGUUAUUUCACCCGGAGAAUUUGUACUGCGACUACUGUGUUAGCAUAGACUGCGGGGAGCGACCAAUACCGGAUGACCACUGCGGACCAAUAGGCAGGUUUGAGUUUACGGAGACCAAUGCUACGACCACCCCCAGGCCCACCGUAGACCCGGAGCUCUUUGGAGAGCAGUGUCAGGACAGGCAGCGCCUCGUGCGGUUCUCAGUGAAGAAUGACAGCCACGCCUACAUCCGGGUAUAUGAUGGUAUCUACGAGGUCGUGUCUUGUGGACCGAUGGAGUUCACUGUCGCCACCUGUGACUGUGCGAGAGUUCAAGGAAAAGAAAUUCUUUACGACUGUGAGGGGUCAGUACUGAAGUCUAGUAGUGGCAAGGUAUGGACAGGGCUGUAUGGGUUUAUAACACUGGUGAAUGGUGGACCACCGCGAGAUGUCGGCACCGUCUGCAAGCUUGCAGGAGGAGCGCACCUCGAGAUUCCGCACUUCAUGAACCGCGCUUUCCGGCGUUUUACUGCAGCCUUCUUCUACAAGCGUGAUCCUCAGUUGACAAACCGGAUGGGGUUGGUCAAUAACGGACAGGAGGAGAUCCGGCCGUCCAUUCAGAUCUACUCUGAGCCUAACAGACUGGGCGGCGAGGUGGUGACCGAGAUAGACGAAUAUCCGUUCCUUAUUGGGGACGGGGCUCGUCCAGUGGGUGACAACAUCUGGCACCACGUGGCUUUUGUAUUCAACGGAACACAUUACUUUAUCUAUGUGGACGGAGAGGAGCGCCAUACAACGGAGAUCAUUGGAUUUCCUAAAAAGCUGAAAGGUUCCCCGAUGGUGAUAGGCGUAGAUCGUUACUCUGACGUCACACUGGGACACGGAGACACGUUCUUUAAGGGAUUGCUGGACAACAUUGUGUUCUACGAUGUUGCUUUAUCGCCUGACGACAUUCAAAACCUGAGUGACGGGCAGUACGUGCGAUCACCUGACCCUGACCAAUACGUCAACCCCUGGUCCCACAUGUUCCCCAACUAAAUAACACGUGAUCAACUAAACAACUCGUCAUCAGCUUUAUAACACG